CAUAAAAUCAUCUUGUGAAUUUCUAUGCAAGUAAAAGCUAUACAACCAACGCAGACUAAAUUUAUAUAAACGGACAUUAUCAUGGUUCAGUUACUGAAUGGUUUGUUUGUGUGUGCUAUUUUCACUUACAUACUUUGCCGGACUAACUGUGUGGACUCCCAUGUGGCAAAGAAAAAGGUGUGUCGUAUCUUUGGGAAACGAGCUGAAUGUUCAGGUCAUGGAAAGCUGUUGACCUACAUACCGUCUUUACCUAGCAAAAUCACAGAACUGAGCUUUAGUUUUAACUAUCUACAGAGCGUUUCAACGAAAACAUUCGCGAAUGUCACACAUCUGAAACUGAAGUCAUUGCACCUCGUAGGAGAUCAUAUUAAAAUGAUUACCAAAACAGCGUUCCAAGUUUUAAAACAUCUGGAAUAUCUGGACAUAAGUCACAACAGUAUACCACUGGAAGUUAUUCAACGGUCCUUCAUUGGUUUGGGGAAAACGCCCAUUCAGCGUCUGGAUAUGAUAGCUAUGAGUAUACAUUCCAUUUCACGAAAUUUCUUUACAAAUUUAAAAUUCUCGAGAAUACAGACUCUUCAUCUGCAUCAGAACUUCUUUACAGUGUUCAACUGCAGUGAUUAUUUUCACCUGAAGUAUUUAAAAACCUUGGGAUUGGCGGAAAACUUGAUCUUCAGAUUGCUGUUGACACCAGAAUGCAAACUAGCUAAUCUAGAUGUGUCUUACAAUAGCGUUAAAUAUGUUUGUUCAAGUGGGACUCUUUCUACAUCACUUGAUAUGCUAGAUGUACAGUUCAAUGGAAUCUAUCAUUUGGAUUCUUCAACAUUUAAGUGUGUGCCAAAACUUAAAGAACUGUAUCUAGGUGGAAAUUAUAUCAAUAGAUUACCUCCAAAUACAUUUGCCUCUUUGUCUGAAUUAAAAUACUUGUCUUUGAUUGAGAAUCCAAAUCUGAUAUUAAUCGAGACGGGUGCUUUUAAUAACAGUAAUCUCAGAUCAUUAGUGUUCACACAUUCUGUUGAAAACUUCAAAAAUUAUAACAAGGAUAUGUUCAAAGGAAGCAAUCUGGUUUCUCUUGACAUUUCACAAAACAAUUUAAACCAAGUUCCACCAAAUAGCUUACAGAGACUAUUUGAGCCGCUGAGAAACAAUUUAAAAGUAUUGGAUAUUUCUGAUGCAUCACUAACAACAAUACCUAUGUUUGUUUCAACCCUGACAAAACUGAAUCAUUUAAUAUUAAAUAAUAAUCUCAUAUCUGGAUGGUCCACCGAAUCACUGUCUACGCUUACGAGUCUUGAAUAUUUAUAUAUCAGUCAAAAUAGUAUUUCUAUAGUUGAAGAAGGUUCUUUACCUGAAAAUAUAUUACAUUCAUUGCAGUUAGUUGAUUUUUCUGGUAACCCGUUUGACUGCUCCUGUGAAAACGUUUGGUUUAUGAAAGUAUUUCAGGCUCACCUUGAAAUAUUUAAUAAAUCUCAAAAACCUUGUCGAUGUUCCAGUCCUGCUUCUAAACAAAAUAUUUAUCUCAGAGAUGUCCACUUGUCCCAAAACUCCUGUUUACUAAACGUCACAUCACAAACUAUCGUCAUUGCAGGCUCAAGCAUUCUUCUGACUCUUUUUAUCAUUGCCAUUAUCUCAUACAGAUAUAGAUGGCAUAUUCGCUACUUUCUGUAUAUGUAUAAUAAUCGAAGACGGAAACGGGAACCAGAAGUAAAUGAGAAUCAGUUUCUGUACGACAUAUUUGUUGUGUAUUCAUCAGAGGAUUCUGAAUGGGUACUUGACAGACUUGUUCCUAAACUCGAGGGGGACCUCGGUUUCAGGGUAUGUGUUCACGAACGAAACUUUGUGCCUGGAAAACUGAUCGUUGACAACAUCAUGGCGAGUAUCGACAGCAGUAAACGGAUUAUGGUUGUCCUGUCGAACAGCUUUUCACAGCGGGACUGGUGUCAGUUUGAAUUAAACGUCGUCCAGGGACACGUGUUGGAGAAGGGUGGAGACUUGCUGGUCGUGGUGGUGCUGGAACAACUUAACAACCGUCACUUGACACCCACCAUGUUCACCAUGCUGCAGACGACAACGUAUAUCACGUGGCCCGAUGACGUAGAUUCUGAAGAGAGAUUCUGGGACAAUCUAAGUGUGGCUCUUCGAGAAGGGUGAUCAAAGAAAAACUGAGGGCAGUUCGAACUAGUGAGCACUGGCGUUGAAGUAAAAUUCAUUCUAAAAUGAUACCGAUGGCAACUAAUGGAAGUUUAGCUUAUAUAGCUAAAUUGAUUACGACUAAUAUAGAAAUGUGUGAUGUUUGAAGUGCGUGUGUGUUAGUUAACAAACAAUCUAAUAAGUGACAAUAUGCAUGCAUGUUACUAUUUUGUUAAUAAUGUGAAUACACAAAGUGCCUUGAGACACACAAUUGUAUGUGGAUGGAUGUUUUUGCUCAUCUGUAAACUGUAUAUAAAAAGUAAACAAAUAAAUAAAUAAACAAACAAA